GCGUCUGUCGAUGGAUAGGUAAACUCCAAGAGCGUUUACCACGAGAGUGAGUCACUGUGCCGUCUUCAUCAUGCACGAAGGGUCAUGAAGACAUCGCGGCUUAAGAUUGUUCAUAUCUACUUAAAGGCAUAGUCAGCACUGCCUCGUUCUACUCGUCUAUGUAAGCUAUCAAUCCAUAGUAUCAACUUUAACCAGAAGACCCAUUCGAUCGACAAUCUUACCUUUUCAACAUGUCGAGAGUAGAAACUACAAUCUUGUACUUACUAAAACAUCUCCAAUAUUUCAUCUCCCUAUCCAUACUGGGGCUUUUCUUUUACCUGCUCCAGAAUGAAAUCGUCCGAUAUCGCAGUCGAGUAAAGAACCUCCCCGGCCCUCGCGGGUGGCCCAUCGUCGGGAAUCUCUUCCAACACCGUGACGAAAUCGCCGCCGAGACCUACCGAAAAUGGUCUCUCAAACACGGUCCCGUCUUCCAGAUCCAACUAGGCAACACCACUGCCGUGGUCAUCAACUCAGCCCAAGCAGCCAGACAACUCUUCCUAGGCCAAAGUUCCGGUAUGAACUCACGGCCCGUAUUCUACGUCCUGCACCAGAAAAUGAGCAAAGUCGCAUCGAUCGGCACAUCGCCCUGGGACGACAGCUGUAAGCGGCGGCGAAAGCUAGCCGCCAAUGCCUUGAACCACGCGCGUGUAGUUACUUAUUCGCCCAUACUUAACUUUGAGGCGCGCGAGUUUCUCAGGGACUUGUAUUCUUCGUGUCGCGAUGGUAGUGUAGAGAUCGACUUUCAACCGGCCGCGAGACGGUUCGCGCUGAACCUAAGUUUGACGCUAAACUACGGGACACGCGUGUCGAGCGUAAAGUCAUUGGCGGACGACCCGAUACUAUCGAGUAUCGCGUAUAUCGAAAGCGAGGCCUUGAGGUUCCGCGACACGGAGAAGAAUUACGCCAAUUACAUCCCACUACUCCGGUAUUGGGAGCCAAUGGUUCAGUUUCUAGGAUUGAGCGCUGAGCCUAAGGGCCAUGUUGAGGAAAUCGGUCGUAGACGGUUAGAGUAUCAUCGGGUUCUGCUGGAGAAGUUGAAAGGUGAGGUGCAGAGGGGCGAGGAUAAGCCGUGUAUUCAGGGGGCGGUGUUGCGGGAUCCGGAGUCGGCGACGUUGACGCAAGAGGAGCUGCUUAGUGUUAGCUUGAGUAUGAUGGCGGGCGCCGAUUCUAUCCAGGCCGCAAUCGGUUGCGGUUGUUUACUUCUCGCUCACCGGCCAGACAUACAAGAGAAAGCGUUUUCUGCUAUACGCGAUGCAGGAUUACCGGAGCAACCACCGAGCGCGUACGCCUCGAGUAAGAUAGAGUACAUUGAUGCAUUGACGAAAGAAAUUUCACGUUACUACACGGUAUCGAAGCUCGCUCUUCCUAGAGCCACGUACACGGAUGUAACGUGGGAAAACGCCACCAUUCCCGCCAACACUCUUGUGUUGCUCAACGCCUGGGCAUGUAAUCGAGAUCCCGAACUCUUUUCCGAGCCGGACAUAUUUGCCCCUGAGCGUUGGCUGCCGUCUUCUCCAAAUGAAUAUUCACAUCAAUUCGCAUUCGGGAUUGGUGGGCGUAUGUGCGCGGCGUCGAAUCUGGUUCAUAAAUCGCUCUAUACAGGGUUUCUACAUCUCCUGGCGCAUUUCCGCAUCGUGCCUGCGGAAGGUGAGACAAUAGAUGCAGCCCACCCAAUCAAUGGAUCUAAAGGGCCAUCGGCUAUGAUGGCUCCGCGGGCGUGGCGUGCAAGAUUUCUCCCUAGGGAGGGGGAGAGGCUCGCUGUUUGGCUAGAACAACCGAGUGGCUGAUAGAUACCUAACUAGUAGGUACUAGGUAGUAAAUUUGGAGACGAUACAUGUGGGCUGAAUUGAAAAUAUUACUAUUACAGCCUCAGAUAAUCGAGAUAGGUACCUAAUCGAGAUUCUUAUUGAUGACAACUAGGAAUAUCCAUCCUGACUCUAUGGCCUACUAAUAACUAGACGGCACAAUUCCAAG